UGGGUAACACGACAGUCACUAAAGAUUGACGACACGGUCUACAAGGGGCGGGAUUUCAUACGCACCGAGAAACAGGAAAGCUACUGUGUCGUUCAAGUUUUGGGACUGGCAAGGAUCUCAGCUCUAUCGUAAUAAUUACUUUAAACGAGGUGGGAAUCGAUAACCUUGGUGAUCCUGCGCUUUCACAGCCGUUUUGGUGAGAGAAAAACUCACUGUUAGAGUCUGGACACGACUGUUGACAUCUCUCGAACCAUAUUGUGUUUGCAAACAAUAAGGUCCAAGCUUUGCAUUGUUGUUGGAAAGUUUUCCUGUUGCAAAUUCGUUGAACACCUUUGGCGGCUUGGGGCGCCUGCCUCUCCUGCCCCCUGCUUCCCUACAGUUGGCACAGAUUAAGACCCAGUUGGCUCUCCACCAGUUGAAUGCACUUGCUGCCACUAACGCUGCCACUGCGGUCCCAUCACCUGCACAGACUUUGCUCAACCUCCUGAAGGUCUCCAUGUCUCACCCCAUGUACAACCCUGGUGGGGGAUCCUUCUCUGGUUCUCAGAGGUCCAUGGUAUCCAACCAGUAUGGCCUUGGUGGUCAGCCUGGUAUGGACAUGGGUGGCUCUCGCCUCGGCCCUGGUGCUGGCUCCAUGUCUGGAGCGUCGCCGGGUAUGAUGUCUUCAAUGAGGCCUCAGCAGAUGGGCUUUCCGUUGGGCCAGCGUCCACCACAAAUGUCCCAAGACAUGGAAUCCUCCAUAGAUAUGCACAUUAGAGGAGCCCGGGAGGAAGUUCGCCUGCUCAGCCAAAUUAUGCCCCAGCAGCCAAAGCCAGCUGACCCACGCUUGUACAAGGAUUCAAGGGAAGAAGUUGGUGGUUUUCCUGGGCAGAGGGGAUCUGGCAGAAUAGACGAACCGUCCUCGCCGGACUGGUCGUCCUACCAGCCCCCCAGCAGCAAAAAUUUUACGUCCUCUGGGUUGGAUCGUUCCUCCUCAUCCUCCUCAAUAUUUCAAACCUUGGGGUUUGGAAGCGGCGGUCCUGGUGCUGGAAGAGGCGGUGUCGAGAGCCAGACAGGUCCACGUUCGGUUCAUUCUGAGCGCCCUCCUGUUCGCUACACCUCAGAGAGUGCCAGCAGCAUCCUCGCAAGCUUUGGCCUUUCAAAUGAGGACCUUGAGCUGCUUAGCCAUUACCCUGACGAUCAACUUACACCUGACAAUCUGCCUUUCAUUUUGCGAGACAUCCGCAUUCGCAAGGCCAAGCGGAGCCUACCUGACACUGAUGACCGAUCUCCGCGCGAUCACAGGGGACAAGAACCUCGACAGAGCAAAGUAAUUGACUAUGGACACUCAAGUAAAUAUGGCUAUGCAGAGGAGGGCUCAGACUCCUAUGCAAGAGAUCCAGUUCCGAAACAGUUGCCGAAAUAUGAGCGAGAGGGAGUAGGAUCUGGAUCAUCUUUUGGUGGAACCGAAAUGACGAGGCGCACUCAGGCAAGUGCAGCAGCGCCCAUUUCAGCGAAACCAGCUCCGAUGGACCAUAGAAAUGUCUUGGCCAGUCCUGAACUCAAAGCAGCUCAGCCCACCUCCCUGCCUGGAAGAGAUCCAGUACCCAAGUCUGUUCCUCCUGCGCCCAGCCGCCCAGUGGCCAUGCCACCUACCCAUACCGUUGGUUCCCGCGCUGGUAUGAUGGUCCUGGGAGAUGCCAGUGGAGGUCCGAAGCCCACCACAUGGCCUCCAGCCUUCCCUCCUCCAGGCAAUCCGUCCAGCAUGAAAAGGCUCCCGACACCCACUAUGAUGAACGAUUACUCGGCUGCCACCCCAAGAAUCUUUCCACAUACAUGCUCUCUAUGUAACGUAGAAUGUGUCCAGAUUAAGGACUGGAUAGAGCAUCAGAACACGAGUCUUCAUAUUGAGAGCUGUCGGCGUCUCAGGAAUCAAUAUCCUGAAUGGAAUGUGGAAAUUCUUGGCGUCUCCAGAAAUGAGCCCAAACCGACUGUUGAACACCGCAGUCCGAAGCGCCAUUCAAACUCCCGGUCUGAUUCUUGGACCAGAUCUCCUAGUCCAAGACGGCAUCAUGGAUCCGCCGGCCACCGGCCGCGUUCCCGCUCCAGAAGCCCAGCCAGGUACCGGCGCUCCCGCAGCCGCUCCCGCUCUCCUCGGAGGUCGUCCCGCUCCAGCCCCACCUCCCACAGCCGCCGGCGCUCGCGCUCCCCUCCGUCGCGCCGCUCCAGAUCCCCCUCUCCGCGGAACUACGGCAGGCGCUCUCCACCCCGCUCCGGUCACAGGGUGAACCCCCGGAGGCCCAGCCCCCAUCGGCGCCAGAGGUCCAGCAGCAGUGAAAGAUUGGCCAAGAAGCUCAUUGAAUCUUCUGCCGGCUUGAACAUCAAGGACAGCAGUGCGCUGGAGGCGGUGGUGAGCUCUUUAGCUCCGGCUCUACUGGCUGAAUUGGCCAAGAAGAAGAGCGCUGCCGCCGGCUCGUCCUCCGCCUCCAGGGAUGGUGGCCGCAAGCGGUCUCCUUCGCCCGCCCACAAGCAGAUGACCUCCAAAUCCAGCAGUUCAUCCACAUCCAGCUUCUCCAAGAGAAAGGCUGGGCCUGGCACAGCUUGCCUCCUCCGGUUCAAAGGAGUGCCCUACAAAACUACCCACCAGGAGCUUGUAGAUGCCAUCCAGCCUUUUGGGAAGAUCAACAAUGCCUUCCUGCUUAAGGCUAUUGAAGAGGCCUCGGUCUGCAUGGAGAGAGAGGAGGACGCCAGAGUGUUGGCCAACUGCAAGAACCUGAAGAUCCAUGGCAGGUUCAUCAGCAUCUGCAAGGAGGAGGAGCUUACGGAUCCUAGACGACUUCCUACUAGAGAGGAGAGGAAGGUUACGGUCGUUAAAAGAAAAGAGAGAGCCCCACCGACAACAUUUAAGGCAUUUCAGAACCCUGCUAGGGCAGCACAGGCCUCCUUUAAAGGAGGCAAACCCCCAGGUAUGAUCCCAGGAAAAGGGGGACAGACAGCCAAAUCUUACCAGACUUUAGCUAAAGCUGGGCAUACUGUAACUAAAGCAGGCCAAAAAGCUGGGCAAACUUUAACUAAAGCAGGCCAAAAAGCUGGGCAAACUGUAACUAAAGCAGGCCAAAAAGCUGGGCAGAAUCAAGGAAAAGCAGGCCAGAAUCAAGGAAAAGUGGGCAAGAAUCAAGGAAAACCCUCAGCUAAACCAGGCCAGACCGUGGCUAAGCCGUCUCAGACCACAACAAAGGCCGGCCAAACUCCCGCGGUCCCGACUGCUAAAGCUGAACCUCCACUUAAAGCCCCAGAAACACCAGCUGGCAAGAAAGUUGUCAAAAGGGAAAUCCCAUGGAGGAAGAACGUGGUUGCAGUAUCUGGCCUGCCUACGACUGGGCCGACAGAAGAACUGCUUGUGGACUUGGCUAAACCACAUGGCUGCAACACUAUCCCUGUCAUUGCUGUCAUGCAGGGAAAGGCGUUCAUCGAGAUGCCCACUAUGGAGGCUGCGGAGGCCAUGGUGAAGGCCUAUUCCGAGACGCCAGCAAAGAUGGAGGACACUCCGCUGACCAUCUCAAUGAUGACCACACCCAUCGACCUCAAAUACACGGAAUCAGUCUUCAGGGUUCUGAUGGGUUUGGAAAAAAAAGACGAGAUCUCCACCCUGCCGUCGCGUCUCCUGAUCGUGUCUAAUGUGGCCAGCAGCCUUAGUGCGGUCACAGAGAUCAUGGAGCUCGUCAAGCGCUUCGGCGUCUACAAACUGGCCCUGCCUCUCAAUAAACGGAUCAUAUUCGAGAUGAACACGGCUAAGGUUGCCAAGACCGUUUACACCCGCUUCAAGAAGUUUCCCUGCAUCAUCCAGAACAAUCCCCUCACCUUCACUCUGGCCAGACCUCUGAAGACCCCAGAGGAGGUCAAAAAGAAGCAAGAAGUUAAGGGUGACACACCAGGAGCCAAGUCUGAUGAGACGAGCAAGAAGGCUGCAGAUGCUGCAUCAGCUGGCCCAGAUGAUGAUGUCAUUUUUGUACAGGAAACAUUCAGUGCCGUCACAGUAGCGCCUCCCAUUGAUGAUGAUGACCAAUCAGUGACCCCUGAUGCCACUACAAGUCUGCCUGCCGGUGAUGCUAUGCCUGAUGUCAUCAUGAUAACCGCCCCUCCCGGUGAUGAUAGUGUGGCGGUGACCCCUGAUAUCUCCGUAGCAACAGAACCUCCUUGUGACUCUGCAACUGAAGUGACCCCCGAUGUCACUACCUCACCACCCGCCGAGUCUGUUUCCACCUCUGCUGUUAAGGACUCCCAGCCUGAUGCCACACCUGCUCAAGACAUCUCUACUGCUGUUGUUGAGAGCCCAGAGGCCUUGGCUGACGCUGCAGGCAUCACUGCUGCUGAGACUGACACCCAGGUGCUCACCCAAGAGGAGAACCUUUCAAAGGAAGCUGCUGCCGAAGAGUCCUCACAGACAGAGGAAGCGGCACCCGUGACCACGCCAGUCUCAAAGGACGUUGAGCCACAGCCACAGCAAGACAAUCAGGAGGACACCGAGACCUCCCCCAGUGCUGAACCGAUGGAUGUGCCUGUGCAACAGGGUGAACCUGAGGGAGAGCAUGCCCUGGAGGAACAGGGCACUGUCGCUACCGGCAACAGCGCAGAGAGUGUCACGGCUGCAGCCUCCUCUUCAGUAGCCAUGGAGACACCGGAAAUCUCCACCGAAGAAGCAAAACAGGGUAGUGAGGAUAAAGAGGAGGACUGCGCCGAACCACAGUCGAGCAAAGAUGACGAGUUAACCGAUCCAAAGGAGGAGUCCCCGUGUGGUUCGGCCAGCUCCUCCAAUCAGCCGCCCGCUGCUACUGAGGAGUCCAGCGCUCCUCCAGGGGAAAAAUCAGCGGCGGCGAACCCAGGGUUACCUGACGGCACCCCGGUGUUGGACUUCCCGCCCGUCACCCAAGAGAUCCUGAGAGCGUUGGAGGCAGCCGUGCACCAGUGUCGCAUGCAGUCCUCCUUGAGGCGGGCGGAGGAGGAGGCCAAACAGAAACAAGCGGAAGCAGAGAAGAAGAACGCUGACAAUAAACCUGCUGCGAAACCAGCUACCCCAGGCAAACCUGACAAUAAGUCUUCUACCCCAAGCAAACCUGCUGCUAAACCAAGUCCACAGGAAAAGAAAGCAGCAGCAGCAGCAGCGGCGGCGGCGGCGGCGACGACGACGACGACGACGACGACGACGACGACGACAGACCUCAAGAAGGCCCACACUUCUUCCUCAGGCGGAGGUAACGGUCGCGGACGGAAAGACUCCAGUCCAGAGAGAGACUCCAGGCACAGGAGCAGGAGCAGGGCGGGGUCUGACGAAGAGCAGCUGCCUGUCUCUCGGCGAGGAGGAGGAUCGUCCAGCUCCUCUUCCUCCCGCAGGAGCAGGCAGGACAGCAGCCCUGCCACCAGGACUGCCCGAGGCCACGAGGACGAUGCCAGGCACAAGAGCCACAGCACUACUAGAAGCACACGCUCAUCAGGUAGCUGCAAAGACAAGAAGGAACAGGUUGCUGUUGAGCAGCCGGAGGAGGAGCAGGAGGAGGUGGAUUUCCCCUUUAACAUGGAUGAGUUUGUGACUGUGGAUGAGAUCAGUGAUGAUGUGGAAGAGGAAGCAGCUCUAGUUCCUGAGCAAAUCUCCACGCGGAAGAGGUCUCGGGACUCCCCCCAGACCGUUGGCAACUCCCCACCCCAGAAGAAGCCGGCCACGCCCUCCCAAAAGACUUCCACGCCAGCCAGCAAAGGGAAGCAGGCGAAGAAAGCCACUCCGAGAACAACGACGUGCAGAACUCGAUCCAGCAUGGCUGUGGAGUCGACCCAAGACUCAAAGGACGUGCCAGAGGCAGCGCUGGAACCGGAAUCCUCCAAGUCAGAUGGCGAUGAGGCAGAUGAUCAGAAGGACGACCUUCACAAGAAUGGCACCUACGGAGCUGUUGGUGCUGAGGACCAGCAGGAGGCGGUAGAAGAUACCACAGAUGCUGUGGAAACUGCAGCGAACUCUGACUCCUCGGAACUAAAUCAAACACAAGAGGUUGAAGUAAAGACCGCAGAAAGCUCCCCUGCUCGGGCAGUGGCCGUGGUAGAAGAGGGCCACGUUGCUAUAGAGAGUUCCAAAAGCAUUGAGGCAGAAGACGUCACUAAGGGUGAGACUGAGGUUGCUGUUAAAGGUGACGAGCCAGCAGACACUGAAUUGGCUGUUGGGAAGACCGACACCCAGACCUCAGACACCACAGAGGCUGUGAACCAAGAGGAGAUUGGAGUUUCAGUGUCGGGCCAUCCCAACCAAAAUGUGCUGGUCACGCUGGACGAGGUCAGCGAGGGCGAGGAAGACUUCCCUGAUGACGCCGAAGAGGAGGAGGAGCUGCUGAAGAGGCAGGCAGGGGAGGAUCCCGAGGCGCUGGUGACUGUGGACGAGGUUGGGGAGGACGAGGCGGAGAAUCCAGAAGAGCAGGAGAAAGAUCUGCAAGCUUUAGUCACUCUAGAUGAAAUUGUGGCAGAUGAGGAGGAGGAGGAUGAUGAUGGAGAAAGUGGCCUUCGUCCAGAGACAGUCCCAGACAACCAGGAGGAUGAAUCAGGGGAGCCUUUCAAUCCUGAGACUCUGGUGACGCUUGAUGAGGCCCAUGGAGAUGACUGUGAGCUGGAGGAAGAGGAGGAGAUGAAGAAGAGCCGUGUGGAGGAGGAGGAUGCCGCUGUUCCUUCAGACAGCAUGGCUGAGCCCCCCAUGUCCCCUGGGAUGGAGGAGGUUGGGAGGAUGAAUUUUGUCACCGUGGAUGAGGUGGGCGAGGAGGAGGAGGAGGCAGAGCAGCCGCAACAACCAGCUGUGGAGGAAGAGGAGCAGGAGGAAGAAGUUGUAGUCAGCACAAGGAGGGGCACCAGAGCCAAGAAGAGAGCACGACAGACUCCAGUGAGGAAGUCGACACGUGGAAAGAGGGGUGCAAAGCCUAAAGAGGCGGUGGACGAGGAGGAGAGUUCAGAGAAGACACCUACUCUCUCCCAGCCCGAGGAGGCGUGCUCAGCCCCGGACCCUCAGGAGAAGGAGCCCAAACCAGCGUCGUUGUCCUGCGAGACCCAGAGCGCAGAGGAGGGGACGCCGUGUGGGCAAGAGAACAAGGGCGUCCUCCAGGAGGUCGAGGGAGAGGUCACUGACGUCGGCGUAGAAGAUACCCAGGGCUCCUCAGCAAAACCGGAAAUGCCUGUUACCAAGGAGGACAGUGUAGAUAUGCAAGCUCCCGUCAAGGCGGACUGUAAGCAGAGGAGGGAAGAGGAGGUGAAGUCGGAGCCAGAGGCCAAGAGGUCCCGCUCUGCAUCACCCGUGAACGCAGAUGUCAUCAUGCCUCCUUUCAAGCCUGACACCCCAGUCGGGGUGGACUUCGUGGUGCCUAAGACGGGAUUCUUCUGUAAGCUGUGUUCACUCUUCUACGGCAGUGAAGACACAGCCAAGAGGAGCCACUGCAGCAGCCGGCGCCACUACCAGAACAUGGAGAAAUAUUACCAGAAACUGAAAUCUCAGCAGAAGAUGAGCAACUCCAAACAGACGUCCCGUCCUGGGUCCACAUCCGAAUGAUCUUCUAAUUCACCCACUAUUGGCAACAUUUUAUUGUUAUUAAUUUGUCAGUUGUGUGGGUCCAAUACUAUUUUGAUGUACAUUUCAUUUAUUUUAAGAUAAAUAUCACUGUUAAAUGUAAAGUCACAUGAAACUAAUGACAUGAAUGGAGAUGUCUAAUAAAAUCAAAUGUUUUAUUUAGACCUCACACGUCUUGUUUAUUCUAGAACAAAUCAUCAGUUAACCAGAUACUAUACAUACAGUACAAAACCAGAUUUUUGUAGUAAAAAAAAACCAAAACAAAAAAAA